AUGUUGCAGAGAAAGCUGUAUAAAAGACGUUGACAGACUGAAGUGGAGCAUCAGUUAAAGCUCGUCUCGACAUCCAACAACUGCACUAUAAACAAAAUGUUCAAAAUUGUGUUGAUCUGCGCUGUUAUCGGCAUGGCCGCCGCCGUGGGAAUCGUAGUCAGCGAUGAGUCGAAGGCCGAAGUGCUGAGCCGCCAGGAGGAUGUGCGCCCAGAUGGAUUUGAAGCCUUGUUGGAGACCAGCAACUCCAUCAGUCGGAAGGAGAGCGGCGAUGAGAAGGGCAAUAUCCAGGGCGUGUUCAGCUGGGUUUCACCCGAGGGCGAGAAGAUCGAAGUGAGCUAUGUGGCCGAUGAAAACGGAUACCAGCCGAAGAGCGAUUCUCUGCCCACUCCUCCCCCAAUCCCAGAUGAAAUCGAGCGUGCUCUGAAAUGGAUUGCUGCCAACCCACCCGCCCCUGACAGCAAGAACUAAGGCUACCAAAAACAAACUGGUUGAUUUGAUCCUAUAACAGACAUAUAUCUCGAGUAAUAUUAGAAUAUAUAUUAUUCAGAUAUGUCGCAAACAUAUGUAUUAUAAGAAUUAAUGAAAAUUGUAUAUAAAAUCUGCAAACAGAAAUUUAGCAAUAUUCUGCAAAGCAUUUAAUAAAAUGUUAUCCAAAGUCUGGACUGAAUGACAAUAUUAAAGCGUUCAAUUGGGAAAUUU